AUGGCGACAGACGCGGCCGUGAGCAAGGAGGGCCUCUUCAUCCCCCUCAUCGACUUCUCAAAGUUCCUCGAGGGAACCGCCGACGAGCGAGCCACCACGGCCAAGGCCAUCCUCGACGGCUUCCAGACGGCCGGCUUCGUCUACCUCAAGAACCACGAGGUGCCGGCCGACAAGCUCCGCCACACCUUCAGCCGCUCGGCCGACUUCUUCGACCAGCCACUCGACGCCAAGCUCAAGCUCGGCUGGACGACGCCCGAGGCCAACCGCGGCUACUCGUCGCCGGGCCGCGAAAAGGUGACGCAGGAGCAGGACUUGAGCCAGGUGGAGAAGAUGCGCAGCGAGGUGCCCGACCUCAAGGAGAGCUUCGAGAUUGGCCGCGACUCGGACCCGGCGCAUAGCAAUCCGUGGCCGCCCGAGGAGGGCAAGCUCGGGGGCUUCAGGGCCGACAUGGUCGACUUUUUCGACCGGUGCCAGAAGAUGCACCGCGAUGUCAUGAGAGCCAUAGCCUUGGGCAUGGGCCUCGACGAGGGCUAUUUUGACGGCUUCAUCGACGACGCCGACAACACGCUCCGGCUGCUGCACUACCCCGAGGUCAAGGCCGACGUCUUUAAAAUCAACCCUGGCCAGGUCCGCGCCGGAGAACACAGCGACUACGGCUCCGUCACGCUCCUCUUCCAGGACAACCGGGGCGGGCUGCAGGUUAGGAGCCCCAACGGCCAGUUCGUCGAUGCGACUCCCAUCGAGGGCACCGUCGUCAUCAACGCCGGCGAUCUGUUGGCCCGGUGGAGCAACGACACCAUCAAAAGCACCAUUCACCGCGUCGUGGAGCCGCCGCGCAAGGAGGGCAAGGAAUACCCGCCGCGGUACAGCAUCGCGUACUUUUGCAACCCCAACUUCAAGGACUUCAUCGAGACCCUGCCCGGGACGUAUGGGGCGGAGCAGGACAAGAAGUACGGGGGCGUCAACAGCGGCGAAUAUCUCGUUAAGAGACUCACGGCCACGUACUGA